AUGUUGAGGGUUGAAGCGAAGUGUCCCACAUUCUGCUGUUAUUCAUUUAUUUUUCGAAUAGCGAAACAACAUAGAAAGAAGCAUAAACAAGACCUACACUUAAGCUUCACACAGCAAACACAACAAUUCGUCAAAAAGUGUGAAACAAUCGCGCUUGCAAAAAAAAGUUCUUCAAAUAUUGCUGACUAG